UAAAGGAGCGCGUUGUCCUGUGCCGUGUUGUUGAUGUGUCGCAGAUUUUAAAAAGUGAGGCAGGCAGGCAGCUGGAGUUUGGAGUGAGGAGGAAGCGCAGAGACUCAGCGCUCAGAGCUCAGUGUCCACACCGGGGGGGGGCCACAGCCACACUAAAGAGGACUUUUAUUUUUUAUUUUAUUUUUACCCCCUAGUCCUCUUUAUAAGGAGUCUAUUUUUUAUUUCAAUACAAUAACAGAACCAGUUUGUUUGGGAGCGUGUGGAGCAGCGCUCAGAGAUGGAGCUGUCAUCAGUGGGAGACCAAGUGUUCGCUGUGGAGUCAAUAACAAAGAAGAGAGUGAGAAAGGGUAAUGUGGAGUAUCUACUGAAAUGGCAGGGAUGGUCCCCAAAGUACAGUACUUGGGAACCAGAGGACAAUAUUUUGGAUCCGCGCCUGGUCCUGGCCUACGAAGAGCAUCAGGAGAAGAUCAGAGCUCUGGCCUAUCGAAGGAAAGGUCUCAGACCCAGGAGGCUCGUGCUGCGGAACCUCUUUGCCAUGGACCUCCGCAGUGCCAACAAGAUCUCGCAGAAGCCCCCACCUCGACUGCGUCUCUCCCUCACCCGCUCCAUGAGUACAGAUGUGGACCAGGGCGAGCGGGGCAGCCUGUACCGUCGCCUCGCCAGGAGGAAGAGCAAGCAGAGGGUGUCGAAACGGGGGUCAGAGGGACCCUCACACAAAACCAUCCUUCCGCUCAGGAAGAGGGAGGAGCCCGUUGAGGAGGACUGGGGCGUCACCAGCGAAGAAGACAAGCAGGAGUCUGAAAGCACCAAUGAGGAGAGACGUGAAGACAGUUUAUACGGUCAGUCAGAGUGCAGCUCCCCACCCCUGCUGGAGCGGCAGGACAUAGAGAUGGAGGUGGAGGAGAAGGUGGACGCCGACCUGACAACGGUAGGCACACAAACAUGGAUUGAAAUGAGACAGAACCAAACGAUCGCGUGCGACCAAUCAAAAGACAAUGCCUCUGUGCCUGAGGCCGUGCUGGAAGAUGCGGUUUCCGUGGGCGACGGUUCAGAUUGGGACAGAGUUGAGGAGGACUUGGAGUCAGGGUCGGAGUGUCCCACAUUAGAGAGAAGCGUUUGUCAGAGCAACAACACGACCUCGGUGAUAGUGAGCGUUCAGGCGGCAGGUGACUGUGCCACUACUGAGGCGACGAAGGAGGAAGAGGUGAGUGACGACAAUCAGAGUGUUACCACGACGACACCAGGCAGUCAGGCUGCUCUCGCUGCAGCAGAACAUCCCGGGAAGGUGAUUUCUACAGACGUGACUAUCAACUCUCUGACGGUGACUUUUAAAGAAGCCACGGUGGCUGAAGGCUUCUUUAAGGGCUUUUGAAUGAUGAGAAAGAGAGAUGGAGAGAGAUCAGAAUAACCAUAAGUAGACUUGCCACUCAUUUUGUAUAUGUAAAUAGUUGUGUAUGUUAGGUAAUUUCCACAUGUUUACAAAGCUACAUUCAUUACCUACUGAGUUCGAUGAAGACAUUGUUGCCUUUGAAUAAAAAAUGAGUGGUAAUUUUAUCAUUGUGGAUCAUUUAUUAGGCGUGAUAGCAAGCCGGAGGCCCCAAAAGUGUCCUCAAAUCAUCCAUUGCAAUCCAGAGGACUAAAUGGAUGUAAGUGGCAGGUUUCAUUCGCGGGGUCACUGGGUUUACUGAGAGCGGGAGACAGACGCUGAGGCAGCAAACGUAACAGUCCACAUUACUACUUCCAUGCAGCUACUUUUUCCAGUCGUCCACAGUGCUUUCCAGCCAGACAUCGGUCUUACACUCAGAUCUGUUCUCGGGGCCUGUUUCAGUCGCUCCUCUUUCUUAUGAUGUUUUGUAAAAAUAUUGCUCCUUUUUUCAGUAUUUGCACAGAGAUAACUUGCAUGCCCUGUCAGUCUGUGCCACACAUGCACAAAGUCCUGUCCUGUGGUUUGUUGAAGAGGUUUAUUUCCGUCACAAAAGAAAUAAAACAAAGCGAAAGAAUUAAUGCCUGCCACUUAGAUGAAGUUCUGCAUUUCAAGGAGGCUUGACGCACAAAAAAGAAGUACACAGUUGUGCUUGCUGUCUGUCUGUCCUUUUACUUUUCAAGUAUGAAAUGCUACCUGGUUCUAUUUUCGUAUUACCAAUUGAUAGUCCACUCUCUACACUAGCCUUUGUGCAUUUCAAAAGAGGAUAUCAGUUUACACCGUCGCUGUUCCGCUGUGUACAAAUGGAAGCAAAUGUAGGUUAGGUCAGACUGUAAUGAGCUAUUAUUUAUUGCAUGUCACAUGUAUAAGCUAAACUAACUUAUGUCACUUAUAUGUGUCUUUCUCUAUGACAAAGAUGAACUGUCAAACAUGUCUUCUCUCAAAAAAUGGAUUUUUAUUUUGACUGCAUUUCCAAUAAAUAUGUACUAAGAU